AUGGCUACGGCGAGAGCCAUUGCCGCAGCGGCGACGGCGCUGGCGGCCGUGCUGGUGGCGCUCCUCGCGCCGGCAGCGCGCGGGGUCGAUCGCAGCGAGUUCCCGCCGGGGUUCCUCUUCGGCGCCGCGACGUCAGCGUACCAGAUUGAAGGCGCGUACCUGGAGGACGGCAAGGGCCUCUGCAACUGGGAUGUCUUCACCCACACACACACUGGAGGGAUCAUGGACGGACGCACCGGGGACGUAGCUGACGACCACUACCAUCGCUACAUGGGAGAUGUGGAGAUCCUGCAAUCGCUGGGCGUCAACGCCUACAGAUUCUCCAUCUCAUGGGCGAGGAUUCUACCAAGAGGCCGGCUUGGUGGCGUCAACGCAGGUGGGAUAGCCUUCUACAACCGCCUGAUUGAUACGCUCCUGCAGAAAGGGAUCCAGCCAUUCGUCACUCUGAACCACUUCGACAUGCCGCACGAGCUGGAGGUCCGAUACGUCGGCUGGCUGGGCGCUGGGAUCCGGGAGGAGUACGCGUACUACGCGGACGUCUGCUUCGGGGCGUUCGGCGACCGGGUGAGGUUCUGGACGACGUUCAACGAGCCCAACCUGCUCACCAAGUUCCAGUACAUGCUAGGCGUGUACCCUCCCAGCCACUGCUCGCAGCCGUUCGGCAGCUGCAACAGCGGCGACUCGCGCAGGGAGCCGUACGCCGCGGCGCACAACAUCAUCAUGUCCCACGCCGCCGCCGUCCGCAACUACAAGGACAACUACCAGGAGAAGCAAGGUGGUCAUAUUGGAAUUUCUAUUUGCGCAAGAUGGUACGAACCAUUCCGGAAUACCACAGUAGACAUCUUAGCAGUUGAACGUGCUUUAUCUUUUGGUGGUCCAUGGUUUUUGGAUCCUAUAUUUCUUGGUGAUUAUCCCGUAGAAAUGCGCAAGAUCUUAGGUUCAAACUUACCUGAAUUCACAUCCGAACAGAAGAAGAAAUUAAAGGCCACAAGAUUGGAUUUCAUUGGACUAAAUCAUUAUACGACAUUAUAUUUGAAGGACUGCAUCUUCUCACCAUGUGAAGUAGAUCCUGUUGAUGGGGAUGCUCGAGUUUUUAGUUCAUCAGUAAACGAUGAUGGAGUACUUAUUGGUGAAGCGACAGGAGCGCCGUUCUACUAUUCUGUUCCAGAUGGGAUGGAACAAGUGGUCAUGUAUUACAAAGAAAGAUACAAUAACAUACCAACCUAUGUUACAGAAAAUGGUUAUGCUCAAGCAAGCAAUAACAGCAUGAGUGCCAAGGAUUUUACCAACGAUACUCCAAGAGUCAAUUAUAUUCGUGACUACCUGACCUUUUUAGCCUCAGCCAUAAGAAAUGGUGCCGACGUGCGCGGUUACUUCAUAUGGUCUUUGCUGGAUUGCUUUGAAUGGACGUCCGGGGACACGCUAAGGUUGGGGCUCUAUCAUGUCGACUUCAACACGCUGAAGCGGACUCCAAAAUUUUCGGCCAAGUGGUUCAGGCAGUUUCUCAAGGGAUCACUUGUUGGGACAAGGCUCCGGGACAAAAGUUCCCAGCUGCAGUACGACACUGCAUAA